AUGUCCACAGGCAUCCUCCGCGUCCAAGGCUCCCAACUAAUUGGCAACGACAACAGACCCAUCAUCCUCCGAGGAACUGCACUAGGAGGAUGGAUGAACAUGGAGAAUUUCAUAACCGGCUACCCAGCACAAGAAUCCCAACACCGCGCCUCCAUGCUCAAAACCCUCGGCGCAGAAAAGUCCAACUUCUUCUUCGACAAACUCCUCACCUACUUCUUCACCGAACAAGACGCCGCGUUCAUCGCCUCCAAGGGUCUGAAUUGCCUCCGCGUGCCGUUCAACUAUCACCAUUUCGAGGAUGAUAUGAAUCCAAGAGUCCUAAAGGACGACAAUGGAUUCAAGUAUUUGGACCGAGUGAUCGACCUCUGCGCCCAGCACGGGAUCUACACGAUCCUAGAUUUGCACGCUGUGCCAGGUGGCCAGAACCCGGACUGGCAUUCCGACAACACGACCAACGUGGCGUCGUUCUGGACGCACAAGGAUUUCCAGGACCGGGUGGUGUGGUUGUGGAAGGCCAUCGCGGGGAGGUAUAAAGGCAAUGCGUGGGUGGCGGGGUAUAAUUUGUUGAACGAGCCUUGUGAUGCGGAGCAUGUGAGGUUGGUGAGGUUUUAUGAGCGGAUUGAGAGGGAGGUGAGGAGUGUGGAUCCGGAGCAUGUUUUGUGGUUGGAUGGGAAUACUUUCUCGAUGGAGUGGAGGGGGUCUGAGGAGGUGUUGCCGAAUACGGUUUAUGGGUUGCAUGAUUAUUCGAUGAUGGGCUUCCCCAAAGGCGAACGAUAUGCAGGCACGGAGGAACAAAACUCCCAGCUCGAAAGACAGUUCCUCCGAAAAGCAGAGUUCAUGACCAAAUACGAUGCACCCGUUUGGAACGGCGAGUUCGGGCCGGUGUAUGCGGAUCCGGCACUCGACAAGGACCAUGAAGAGGUCAACGCCGCGCGCAUCAACCUUCUAGGCCAGCAGCUCAAAAUCUACGACAAGUACAAGAUCCACUGGAACAUCUGGCUGUACAAGGACAUCGGCCUGCAAGGCAUGCUGCAUGCGAAUCCGGAGAGCAAAUGGAUGAAAACGAUUGCGCCAUUCCUCGAGAAGAAGCGUGCGUUGCAGCUUGAUGCUUGGGGGAGACGCCCAAGCAAGGAAGUAGAAGAUGUGAUCAAUCCUUUGGUGGAGUUUAUUGACAAGCAUAUUCCUCAGUCUAAGAUGCAGUAUCCGACGCCUUGGGCGACUGAGAGGCAAAUCGUGAGAUUGGUCAACCAGCUGUGGAUGGCAGGGUGUUUGUCGGACGAAUUUGCGGAGCUGUUCAAAGACAUGAGCUUUGAGGAGCUGGAUGAGUGUGCGAAGAGUUUCCAUUUUGAUGAGUGCCUGCAGCGAGACCAGCUGAACCUGGUUCUCGAAUCUCACGCAAAGUUGGCUGAAGGAGAUGGCAGCUGGACGAGGCCUAUGGCGGACACAAAUGGUGUCAAGUUGGAGCUUGACUAG